UCCAAGGCUCCAACCUAAUAAGAGACCCGCCAACAGUUUGAUACUUUCUGUAUAGGCAGUUGCUGCCUGCUAAAUUAUACAAAACAACCAAUGACCACCACCAGCCUUUCUUUCUCUCCGCUUAUCUCCACCACCGGCACCAUCACCAUCACCAUCACCGACAAUGUCAGUCUUGCAACCCCAACCGAUUCCGAACACAUCAUCACCAAACUUCCUUCUGUGCUUGGGUCGCUUAAGUUGUGCAAAAACAUGGAUGAAAUCAAACAAUUACACGCCUACAUCACAAAGAAAGGCCUCAAUCACAUCCCAACCAAACUAGUUGCGAAGUACGCAGAAAUUGGCACGCCUGAAAGCUUAGAAUACGCCAAAAAAGCUUUUGAAGCAUGUAAUGACAAUGAAAAAACUGCUAAUAAUCGCUACAUGUUGAAUUCUUUGAUCAGAGGCUCUUCUUCAGCUGGAUUUUGUGACGAGGCUAUUUUGCUUUACAUAGAAAUGGUGGUGUAUGGUAUUAGACCUGACCACUAUACGUUUCCGUUCGUUUUGAGUGCCUGUGCGAAGGGUUUGACAUUCUUUGAGGGAAUUCAGGUUCAUGGGUCAGUUGUGAAAAUGGGUUUAGAAGAAGAUGUGUUUAUACAGAAUUCUUUGAUACAUUUUUAUGGCGAGUGUGGUGAGGUUGAUCUUGGGAAGAAAGUGUUUGACGAAAUGUGUGAGAGAAAUGUUGUGUCUUGGACUAGUUUGAUUUGUGGAUAUGCAAGGAGGGACAAGCAGAAGGAGGCUGUUUCUUUGUUUUUGGAAAUGGUGGAGGAGGGUAUAGAACCUAAUUCGGUAACGAUGGUGUGUGUGAUCUCUGCUUGUGCAAAGUUGAGAGAUUUGGAGUUGGGAGAAAGAGUGUGUGCUCAUGUUGGAGAUUCAGGGCUUAAGGUAAACACAGUUAUGGUAAAUGCACUUGUUGAUAUGUAUAUGAAAUGUGGUGCCAUUGAUAAGGCAAAGAGGCUCUUUGAUGAAUGUGUUGAUAGAAAUUUAGUUCUUUACAAUACAAUUUUGUCAAAUUAUGUCCGCCAAGGUAUGGCAAAGGAAGCUGUUGCUGUUUUGGAUGAAAUGGUACGGCAAGGACCACAACCGGACAAGGUUACUAUGCUGUCCGCCAUCUCAGCUUCUGCUGAACUAGGUGAUUUUUCAUUGGGAAAGUUAUGUCAUGGUUAUGUUUUGAGGAAUGGGUUGGAGAUUUGGGAGUGUGUUAGCAAUGGCGUUAUUGAUAUGUACAUGAAGUGUGGCAAACAAGAAUUGGGUCGCAGAGCUUUUCAUGGGGUGUUGAACAAGACCAUUGUCUCAUGGAACUCGUUAAUUGCAGGUUUGAUAAGAAAUGGUGAUGUUGAGUCUGCUUGGACAGUGUUCAACUAUAUGCCAGAGAGAGAUGUUGUGUCUUGGAACACCAUAAUUAGUGCUUUGAUACAAGAGAGCUUAUUUGAUGAUGCAAUUGAACUUUUUCGUGUCAUGCAGAGUCAAGGAAUAAAAGCAGACCAAGUUACAAUGGUGAGUGUUGCAUCUGCCUGUGGAUAUUUAGGAGCUCUUGAUCUUGCUAAGUGGACAUAUACAUACAUAAAAGAGAAUGAAAUUCCAUGUGAUAUGAGGCUUGGUACAGCUCUGGUCGAUAUGUUUGCUAGGUGUGGCGAUCCUCAUAACGCAAUACGAGUGUUCAAUAACAUGAAGGAGAGAGAUGUUUCUGCUUGGACUGCAACCAUUGGGUCAAUGGCCAUGGAAGGAAAUGGAGAACGAGCAGUCGAGCUUUUCUAUGAGAUGCUCAGGCAAGGAGUGAAACCUGAUGAAGUCAUAUUUGUGGCAGUACUGACAGCGUGCAGCCAUGGAGGAUUAGUAGAACAGGGCAAACAUAUUUUUGGUGCAAUGCAAGAAACUCACGGAAUUUCCCAACAAAUUGUCCAUUACGGGUGCAUGGUUGAUUUGCUUGGCCGAGCAGGGUUGUUGGGGGAAGCUCUUGAUCUCAUUAAGAGCAUGCCUAUGGAGCCUAAUCAUGCAGUUUGGGGGGCUCUUUUAUCUGCUUGCAGAGUACACAAAGAUGAGAAAAUGGCGGCUUACGCAGUUGGGAUGAUGAAUGAUUCAGUUCAUGAAAGGACUGGGAUUCAUGUACUUCUUUCAAACAUAUAUGCUUCUGCUGGAAAAUGGACUGAUGUUGCCAGAGUGAGGCUUCGCAUGAAGGAGAAAGGGAUUCAGAAAGUACCCGGAUCAAGCUCAGUUGAGGUUAACGGAGUAGUUCAUGAGUUUACUUCAGGUGAUGAAUCACAUCAAGAGAUAGCCCUUAUUACCCCAAUGCUACAUGAGAUGAACUGCAGGCUCAGAGAGUCUGGUCAUGUUCCUGACCUAAGUAACGUUCUGCUAGAUGUGGAUAAGCGAGAGAAAGAAUUCUUGCUCAGCCGACACAGUGAGAAACUAGCCAUUGCCUUUGGGCUCAUCAGUACCGGUCAAGGGACGUGCAUUCGUGUUAUUAAGAAUCUUCGGAUGUGUUCUGAUUGCCACUCGUUUGCAAAAUCGGUGUCCAAAAUAUAUGAUCGAGAAAUUGUCAUUCGAGAUAACAACAGGUUCCACUUUUUCCGGCGUGGGUUGUGCUCUUGCAGUGAUUACUGGUAA